AUGGAGAUCUUCUAUCUAUGGCCAUCUUCCGACACACCAUACCGUUGUGGUGUUGAAUUUGUUGUUUCGUGCUAUGUCGACCAAGUGUUCGCUUUGGUGUCCGUGGAUCCUACAGUGUCAUGGCCCGGAAAAAACCUUGAGGUGCAUCUUUACAAGACAAGCUUUGGUGCAUGUGCUGCAUUCCUUGCAAAUUACGACACCUCGUCGUGGGCAAAAGUUCCAUUUGGAAAUGGCCAGUAUGACCUCCCACCCUGGUCUAUCAGUAUUCUUCCUGACUGCAAAACUGAGGUUUUCAACACUGCAAAGGUUGGUGCUCCGAGGUUCCAUAGAAAGAUGACUCCUAUAAACAACGCGUUUAAUUGGCAGUCGUAUAAUGAACAACCUGCCGCCUCCGGUGGAGAAAGUUCGAUCACAACAGCUGCACUUUUGGAGCAGGUCGGUGUCACUCGCGAUUCGUCAGAUUAUUUAUGGUACAUGAUAGAUGUCAACAUUAGUCCUAAUGAAGCUUUCUUAAAGAAUGGCCAAUAUCUUGUUCUUACAGCAAUGUCGGUCGGCCAUGUUCUGCAUGUUUUUGUUAACGGUCAACUUUCAGGAACUGCAUACGGAGGAUUGGAUAAUCCUAAAUUAACAUUUAGCAGUGGUGUGAAGCUAUGGGCUGGCAAUAACAAUAUUUCUCUACUUAGUGUUGCAGUCGGUCUCUCGAAUGUUGGCUUACAUUACGAAACAUGGAAUGUUGGAGUGUUAGGCCCGGUAACGUUAAAGGGUCUAAAUAAGGGGGAAAGAGACUUGUCUAAACAAAAAUGGUCUUACAAGACUGGACUGAAAGGUGAAUCUUUGAACCUUCAUACCGCAACUGGAAGUUCCGCGGUAAAAUGGUCACAAGGAUCAUUUUUGUCUAAAAAGCAGUCUCUCACAUGGUACAAGGAAACCCAAAGGAGCUUUCAGAUAAGUCCCUGUGCAACUAUGAUCUCUUUGAUGCAGCAAACAGAUCUAAUUGAUGUUAUAGCACCUAAUCUUCUUGUUUUUCAAGAUACUUCAUCUCUUAUUCUUGACUUAUGUUGUAAGGAAGAUCGUAGAAUCACCGACAGAGUUGCGGUUAUGAUAGAAUGUUUGUGGAAGAACAUAAACGAUUUGGUUUGGGAUAAUGAGAAGGAAGAAGCGUCUAAAUUUGUCGGCUUCGACGAAUUAGAGUUCACCAGAUAUAUUGGUUGGCUCAAGUGCAACGUAGACGCGAGCUUUAAUCAUUGUCUUGGUACAACAAGUCGUGGUUGGUGUCUUCGUGACGAUCAUGAUAUUUUCGUUACUACAAGCGCCGCUUGGGAUGGGGGUACCCUUUCUGUUAUUGAAGCGGAAGCCUUAGCUCUUAAGGAGACUAUCCAAGGAGUUAUUUCUUUAAAUCACAACUUUGUUGUGUUUGAAAGUGAUUCCCAAAAAGUGAUCCAUGCUCUCAGGUCCAACUUCUUAGGAAAUUCAUAG